AUGGAAGCAAUUGAACAACAUACUGAAGACCCACAACAAAUAACUACUCAAACUGCUACAACCUCAACAACAACUUACAAGGAACCACAAGUUCUUGAUCGUCCCCCUCACGUUAACCUUGCAACGCCAUUUGAAAAGCUGGAGGUUCACUGUGAAUCUCUAAUGUACUUUGACAACUUAAAGCGUAAUGACAUUGAUCUAACUGCAGAACUUGAGAAACAAGGCUGGGGAAAUUAUUUCCAGAGACUCCACGGUCCUGUCUACACCUUCCUCGUUAAGGAAUUCUGGAUAUUUGCAGACUGCAACGACCAUUGUAUUAUUUCCUACGUCCUGGGAGUCAAAAUGGUCAUCAUAGAAAAGUCCAUAGCCAAGCUUCUGAACAUGGAGAAAACUGGGGGUAAGAGAAUCUAUAAUAUCAACCCUAGGGCAAAAUACAUUUCUCAGGAGAUAGUCCCUACAAUUUUUAAACAGAAUCCAGAAGGGAAGACCUCCAAGAACAAGGAACUUCACCAGAAUCUGAGGGUCUGGUUGAAGAUUAUUCUGGGCACCAUCCACCACCGUCCAACUUCAAAUUCAUCUGACUACAUCAAUACGGAUCAGAAGUGUGUCCUGUAUUGCCUCCACAAGGGAUUGAAGCUGAAUUUGCCUUCCUUGCUAUUCAAGUAUCUAAGGGAUUCAGUCAGGGAUACUAGAAAUCACAUGAAGCCCAGAAACUACAUACCUCUGGGAAGGCUCAUCUCUGACGUCCUGAUGGAAAUUGGGAUGGUGGACCAUCUAAUCUUCAUCAACAUGAUGGAAGAUGUAACUGUGGAUGUUGGCAAGCCCCUGAAUGCCAGAAAUAUGAAGAGCAUGAGGGUCAUUGAUAGAGUCAUAGUCAAACCCACUCUGGACACCUCUUGGGAUGCUCUGAAGGAUCAGAGGAAGAUACCUCAUGCAAUGUAUAUUUUCUCCAAUAUAGAUCCCCUAGAGGUUAUUGCUCAUUACCUUCAAGACCUGGCAUCUCAAGGUAUCGACAUCUCAGAUUUCACUGUGGAUUGGCUACCAGAACAUCUACCCAACUUCACGAAGAGGAUGAGAGAGUCCUCUAAGAGGAAGUCGAAAAAGAAGACUUUGAAGCUGGGAGAACCUUCAGUAACCAAAACGCAUGUGCCUUUGGACUCUUCUGUCUCAACAUCUUCCACAUAUACUCCUUCUGAACCCACUAUCUCUAUCCCAACUCCCUAUGAACCUCACAACUCUGAACAAACCCUUCCUUACCCCCCUCUACAACAAUUUAACCUCACCAUCACAACACUUCCUAUAUAUGAAGCCUUACUUAUAAAUGAACCCAUUUCACCUCCCUCUUCAACUCCCUCAUCUCCACCAUACUACGACCUUUCCUUUAACGCUGAUCAGACAGAUAUUCAUGACCCUUCAUCUCUAACCCUGGCUCAACUCCAAGACACAACAACCUCUGAACAGGCCCUGUCUAUCCCAGAAACCUCUGAACAUACACCAUCUCUAUCCACACCUCCUUCAGCACCCUCAUUAACCUUACCAACUUCUGAACCUCCCACUAAACCUUCUGAAACCACUCCAAUUCCCUCUGACCCCAUUAACCCAACAUCUGAAUCCGAACCAACCUUCCCAACCCUGGAAGAUUCAUUUGCUUUAUUUUCAGAAAGCUCAGCUGUGAAGCUCAGAACACUGUCUGAACAAUUUGGUCUAAGUGAUAAUCCUUCUGAAGUAAGGACUCACUGGAAUGGAUUUCUCAUAUGGAUGACAUUUGAGGUCUUAAAGUUGAAGGGACUAUUUGAACAAGUCAGAAAUGGAUAUCUCAGAAGCGCUAAGGAGAGACUAGAGGCACCUCUGACUAAGGAAGAUGAAGAGAAAGCAUGCCAGGAAGUUGAAGAAAAGGCUAGGCUGGAAGGUGAAGAGCAGGCAAGAAAGGAAGCCGAAGAAAAAGUAAUGGAUGAGGUUGCUGCUGCUGCUGAAGCUAAAGCUAAAGCUAAAGCUGAUGCUGAAUAA